UGGACUUGCUUUAACGGAAAUCUUCGAAAAUCAAAUGAGAGCUGAAAUUUGCAGAGCGGGACGAGGAUAGAAUCGUCAUUUGGGAAAAGUGCAACUGUUGUCAAAAGAGCACAAGUCCGAAUUUCGGGACGACGAGGGUUUAGGGUUUCAGGAUUGGCUUUCUAUUCGACGAGCAGCUCUGCAUUCUCGAACACUCUCGCUCUUCAGUAUUUGGGAAAGAAAUUCAAUAAAAAUCCCUCCUACUUCAAAAUCCCUAAUCGGAGAUCUCAGGCGCCUCUUUCCCCCAAUUCUCAGAGGAAUUGGUUUGUAAAGAUAUCAUAGGAUGAGCACCACAGUCCAUAGAACUCCCAAAUCUGGUAGGCAGUCAUUGUUUUUCCAAGAUUUAGCUUCACCCGUAUCGUCCCGGAAAGGAAAAUUUUCAACUCCAGGCCAGGCAGCUGCAGUCUCUGCACUAUGGCGCGAGAGCGGUGGGGGAUCGGACCUUCCACCACCUCCGCUUUACACGUUGGAAGACCGCUCGGACUUCUCCCCUGAAUCUGGAAUUCCAGAUUACCCAGUAUCCCCCGAAAUCAAGUCGGAUCCUAGAACCCCGGUUCACAGUUUUGGGCGUGAUUCCUCGACUCCGGUGAAGGGAAAAUCAGAGGCAAGCACUUCAUAUGCUCUAUCAAACGGACACCAUGUCCAACAAGGUUCAGCAAGUAUGAGUUGGUGGUCACCCUCAAAGAGUGGUGGUGAGCAAGAAGAGAAGGGAAAGAGUUCACCAGUUGAGGGUGUUGUUCAGCCUCUUGCUCUGAUCACUCUUCCACCUCCAAGGGAAGUUGCAAGGCCAGAGAUGCAAAGGAAUACAUUGCCUACAGCAAACCUCAACGAAGAAGAAUGGGUUACUGUUUAUGGAUUUUCUCCAGCUGAUACAAAUUUAGUCUUACGAGAGUUUGAAAAAUGUGGUGUGAUUUUGAAACAUGUUCCCGGUCCAAGAGAUGCCAACUGGAUGCACAUUUUAUACCAGAGUAACUCUGAUGCUCAGAAGGCUCUCAGCAAGAAUGGGACGCAAAUUAAUGGGGCACUAAUUAUAGGUGUGAAGCCGCUGGAUCCAAUGCAACGCCAUGCAUUAAAUGAAAGGGUCACCAAUCAGGGUUUCAUGACAUUUCCCCCUCAGCCGUCAAUGAAACAUGCAGAGCUGAAUGCUUCAAGAGCCCCCUCUCGUCCUUACUAUCUUCUAAACAGUAAUACCAGUGCGCAGAAAUCUGGAGGUGCAAUUGCUUCCCCAACAAAGUCAUUGGUCUCCAAAGUCAUGGAUUUAAUGUUUGGUGUUUAACAUCUCCGGCCAGCCAACACGUACUCUAGAAUUAUGUGGUAAGAAAAUGUAAUUGUUGGUAAAGUUUUCGGUUAAAACUUGAAAGAGGUGUCAUAUCGUUAAAUCGUUGUAGUUGGAACUUCCUUUUUUUCACUCCAACGUUUUGAGGGAAAUAUACAUUUGGGAUUUGAGGUUGAUGUAUCAAUAAGUGGUUUAGCUUAUUACAUGCAUAUUUGCAACCAUGGUUGCGUCCUGAUUGGUAUAAAAUGGAAUGAAUGUUAAAAGCA